ACACGAGAAAACACCUACACAUUCAAUUUUUGAACGUUUUAUUCAUACAUUCAAUCAAACAUGUUCAGAGCUUCUGUUCAACGUACAUUCACUAGACUCAACCACGGUCACGGCCACGGUAAGGUGUCCAAGUUCAUCAACGACGCCGCUUUCAAGGCCGACAAGAAGGCCGGUGAAGAAUUCAUCAAGAAAUACGAAGAAAAGGUACACCACUCCGAAGGUGUCACCAACUUGUGGAAGAAGAUCACCUACUUUGUUGCUGUCCCAGUCCUCAUUUUGACUGCCAUCCCAGUCAUCAACAUCGAACUCAAGCACGCCAAGCACAGAGAACACUUGAGACACUUGUCCGAUGAAGAAUGGCCAGUUCAAUACGAUUACUUGCAAAUUAGAACCAAGAAGUUCUUCUGGGGUGAUGGUGACAAGACCUUGUUCUGGAACUCCGACGUUAACAGAAACAUUCAAGAAUAAGUAUCGUUAUAGUGCAUGAGUAGAUCUCCAAUAAACAUAUGAGAUAAUAA